AUGGCCGGAAGUAAGCAAACUUCAACCGCUCUACUCACUGAACACUUCCGCUAUACGCCCCUCACACUCCUCGACGACAUCAUCAAUGUCGUGAACGAAAUCGCCUUUCGCGCCGUGAACGCGAUCGAAGAAGGCUUCGGCCACACAACGGCCGAGCAGCUCGGUUUCUCGCCCUCAUCCACCAAGAAUGGCACCAAGGCAGAACUCGCAGAAUUGAAAACGAACGAAAUCGACAACGGAAUCGUAAAACUCGAGUCCCUCCUUAACGCGACAAUAGACAAGGAUUUUGACAAGUUUGAGAUCUACACGCUAAGAAAUAUCCUAGCGGUGGGGCAUGAAGAAGAUGAUAUCGCGAAUUGGGUGAGACUGGAUCACUAUAAGGGAGUGGAUCUGGUGAAUGCUGCGGAAUUGAAGGCCCCGACGCCGGAAGCGGUGCAGUUGCAGAGGAGGAAGUUGCAGGAGACGAUGAAGUUGAAUAUAAUGCUGAAAGCGGAGGAAGCGAAGAACGCUGCUAUUCUCAAGCAACUGAGCGGGCUGAUCGAGAAGGGCGGAGAAGGAGGGGAGGGAGAGGAGGCCCCAUUUGCUUUCCUGAAAGCCGCGGCGAAGGAGGGGAAUGCGGAAGGAAACUUGACGCAGGAUACGCAGGAUGCUUUGGAGCGCAUACCCGCUCUGCGGCAGCUUUUGUCACAGAUGCAGGAGGCGAUGCAAGCUAUUCCUAAUGCUCGACACGGGAGGUACGAGGAUGAGGAUUCUGCUGAGGCGAGGAGGCGGAGAUAUCUGGAGCACCAGAGCCGCAGAGCACUAGAGAGGAAAGGUAUUGACCCGGACUCGUCAGCUGGCGCCUCGCUUGCUGCCGGCAGAAAGAUGGGGAGAGACGAGCUGGAAGGGAUCGAGAGUGUGGUACAGGCUUUGGGAGGCGCUUCGAGAACCAAAGAGCAGGAAGAUGAUGAGAAAUGA